UGAAUGUAUUACAGCUCUGAGACUUCAGCCCUAGGAUGUCAACAUCAUGAUAGUGCUGCUUUGCUGGGACCUCAGCAGCUCAUUAAGAUCCACUUAGUGCUGACGUCACUAAGCUGCUUACUGCUGCAGGUGAAUGGAGGAAGGAACUGAAAAAGAUUUGUUUACACUGAUGUAGGACUCAAGUCUAGCAGGCAACAUCAUGAGCACAGUUUUAUUGUAGAUAGUAAAUUACCUGACUGAUUACUGACAAUCCGGAUUUUGGAUUUUGUGGGCUGCCAUGGAGUGCAGUGGCAAGGUGACGCCCCAGCUGAUGAUCACAGUAGGGACAGCUGUGAUUGGCUCGCUUCAGUUUGGCUACAAUACUGGCGUCAUCAAUGCUCCUCAAAAUAUCAUUGAGAGCUUCUACAAUGAGACAUGGAGCAGCAGGUUUUCAGAGCCCAUCCCUCAGACCACUCUAACAGCUCUGUGGUCUCUCUCUGUGGCCAUCUUCUCUGUGGGAGGGAUGUUUGGCUCCUUUUCUGUCGGUCUCUUUGUUAACCGCUUUGGCAGGAGGAACUCCAUGCUCAUGGCCAAUGUGCUUGCAUUCAUUUCUGCAAUAUUUAUGGGAUUCUCCAAAUUGGCUGCUUCCUUUGAGAUGCUCGUUAUUGGACGUUUAAUUGUGGGUGUCUAUUCUGGCCUGUCCACUGGUUUUGUGCCCAUGUACAUUGAGGAAAUCUCACCCACAUCUCUCCGGGGAGCAUUAGGAACGCUGCAUCAGCUUGGUGUAGUGAUCGGCAUUCUCAUGGCACAGAUUUUUGGGCUUGAAUCCAUCAUGGGGAAUGCAUCCCUAUGGCCCCUCCUACUGGGUUUUACUCUGCUACCAUCUGUGCUGCAAUGUGUCCUGUUGCCUCUCUGUCCUGAGAGCCCCCGAUACCUCCUCCUCAUCAACUGCAACGAGGAGAACAAAGCCCGCGGCGUCCUAAUUAAACUACGGGGUACUGAUGAAGUGAGUGAGGAAAUGGAGGAGAUGAAGGAGGAGAGCCAGCAGAUGAUGAAGGAAAAGAAGGUGACCAUCCCUGAACUUUUCCGCUCCCCUGUGUACCGCCAGCCCAUCUUUGUUGCCAUCAUGCUGCAGCUGUCACAGCAACUGUCUGGUAUCAAUGCUGUGUUCUACUACUCAACUAUGAUCUUUGAGCGAGCAGGCGUGUCCCAGCCUGUCUAUGCAACUAUCGGCACAGGAGUGGUCAACACUGCAUUCACAGUUGUUUCUCAACUCUGUGGCCCCUACGUCUUCAUCAUCUUCACCAUCUUGCUGCUCGGCUUCUUCGUCUUCACCUACUUCAAGGUUCCAGAAACUAAGGGCUGCACUUUUGAUGAGAUUGCAGCGGGCUUCCGCCAGACAGCAGGUCAGGGAUCUGACAAGUACUCAGCCCCGGAAGAAUUCAACACCCUGAGGGGGGAUGACCCUGAUCUUUGAAAAUUUGUUCAUGUAGGGAACACUGUUGUCCAUGUUUUAGAUAUUUCAUCCAUUAAUGUUAGAGCCAGUAAUCCACAGUGUAGGGGCUUUCACACAGAGUUACCAUGGGCUUGAUCUGUAGCACAGCAAACUGUUGGUCACUGGUAAAAAUGACAUCCCAGUAGGCAUUCAAAAUGAACCAAGUGUCAUUUUGUAACAGAAAAAAGCCGGGUUAAGUAUAUGGAAUCACUAUAUAGAACCCUCUCCUUAUUUAUUACAGGAAAUAGAGUUUUGAACCUUUUUUUUCUUUUUGCCCACACGUCUCUUUCAGUUUUGGAGUUAAUGAUAUAAAACAUUAGAUGGACUGUUUCAUGUUUGAUAGGUGACAGAAAAUCUUGGUUGUGUGCUUUUUUAUAUACAUUUGAUUUUGUUUAAUAAUUAAGACUUUAGUCAAACGUAAUAUGUUAGAACUACAAAUGUGUUUACAUGUGUGUCAAACAGAGAAAAUGAAACUUAACAAAGUUUAAUAAUUGA